GCCUUUUCUGUUGCUGCUACCUUUUUCUUAUUUGUUUGGGUUGCUCCUGUGGUGAUUGCGGCUUCCUUUCAUCUUCCUUUUGGCUUUCCAUCUGCGGCUUAUUGUUGUACUUUUAGGAAAGGGCUUAGCUGGUCCUUUGGUUCUCCUUGGAUCCCUUCUCUUUGUUUUCCAAUGGAGCAAAGGAGUUGCCUUUAUUGAAUACAUGAGCUUUUCCUUACUCUUUUGAGUUAUGGGGGACCAUUUUGUGUUGUUGGUGGACCGUUUGCUCACGGAGUCAACGCUGGAAGCUGCCAUUGGAAGUGUAACUCAGGGGUCAAACACACCAGUUGCUUCAUUGUCAACGGUGGACAUAGCUGACUUUGCUCCAGAAAGGAAAAUUGUUGGGGAUGGGAUGUUCACUGGUAAACUGGUUGAAUGCCGCAUCUGCCAGGAUGAGGAUGAGGAUGUCAACAUGGAGAUCCCAUGUUCGUGCUGCGGAAGCUUGAAGUAUGCUCAUCGCAAGUGUAUACAGAAGUGGUGUAAUGAAAAGGGUGACACCACAUGUGAGAUAUGCCUUCAGCAAUUUAAGCCGGGAUAUACUGCCCCUCCUAAGUUGUUCCUCUAUGGGACUAGUCCUAUGAAUUUCAGGGGAAACUGGGAAAUCUCAAGGCGCGAUUUCUACAAUCAACAAUAUGUAACAAUGACUCAAACUGGCCAUGUUUUUCUGAGAUCCAGCUAUGAUGAAUAUUCAGCUUCACAUGAAAAGAGUAUUAUGUAUUGUCGCUUGGUGGCUGCUACAUUCAUGGUUAUUUUGGUUCUGCGUCAUUCUCUCCCUUUUAUUAUGAGUGGAGCUGAGCAGUACUCGAUCCCACUUUUCACACUGUUGAUGUUGAGGAUUGCUGGUAUCAUCCUACCUCUCUAUGUUAUGUUGAGAGCAGUGACCACGUUUUAUCGACGGCGGCAACUGCAGGAAAUGCAUGAAUCUUCUAUUUCAGCAUCAGAAAGAGAGAAUGGGCAUUCGCACCCAUUGCAACUGAUUCAGCCUCAGUCACAUCUCAUCCGCAUCCAUUAGCUGAGUGCCUCUUCUCAUAUAAAUUCAGUGAUGGUAUUGUUACGUCUGGUGAUGCAAAAUUAUGUUGAUUUUGCUGACUACCAAACUCAAGAACAAAAACACCGAAAGAACAGGAGAAGUGGGAACCGCUUUCUCAAGUCCUGGAGCUGGCAAAUUUAUUGUUGAACCUUCAAAUAGGUUCCAUGAGCUAUACAAUCCAAGUAGCAAAGGCAUCAGUAAAUGUAUAUUAGUAUCUUAGGCAGUCUUUCUUACCAACAUGAAGGUGCCACUCUCUUCAAGUCCAUGAAGAUGAAGUGCAGUUAUAUCAUGAAUUAUGUUCUUGUACAUGCAUUAAGUUCAUAAGAUACAGAGUUUUAUAACAAGUUUGGUAUCAGAAAA